CCAGUUAUUGCUAUCUUUAUUGGGGCCCUUUACGUGCUUGUUCAACUACGUGCACUCACUUUGGCUUACUCAGACUCUUCGUUCCCAGUCCUAGUCCUCCUCUGUGUGUGUGAGAGAGAUUGCGGUAAUUUCUUGAAUUCCAGCAAUGGCGGAUCGAAACCCUGUUUUGAAGGCCGAAUUGCUCACCUACGCUUACCUUCUCCUCUACAUCGCCCUUUCCAGCGGCCAGAUCUUCUUCAACAAGUGGGUUUUGUCAUCUAAGGAGAUAAACUUUCCUUAUCCACUUGGGUUAACUCUGCUUCACAUGGUCUUCUCCUCUGUCUUAUGCUUUCUACUCACCAAAGUUUUUAAGAUUAUGAAGGUUGAGGAAGGAAUGACUGCAGAGAUAUAUGCAACAUCAGUUGUGCCAAUCGGGGCAACUUUUGCUAUGACUCUUUGGCUGGGGAACACUGCCUACCUGUAUAUUUCUGUUGCAUUUGCGCAAAUGUUGAAAGCAAUCAUGCCAGUAGCAGUAUUCAUUCUUGGAGUAGCUGCUGGACUUGAGGUAAUGAGCUGCAGAAUGCUAUUGAUCAUGUCAGUGAUAAGUUUUGGUGUUCUAGUGGCUUCUUAUGGUGAAAUCAAUAUCAGCUGGAUAGGAGUGGUUUACCAGAUGGGGGGAGUUAUAGGAGAAGCUUUGAGGCUUAUUUUCAUGGAGAUUCUAGUAAAAAGGAAGGGACUCAAAUUAAACCCUAUAUCUGUCAUGUACUAUGUUAGUCCAUGCAGUGCUUUUUGCCUUUUCAUUCCGUGGAUAUUUCUGGAGAAACCAAAAUUGGAUGCCCUUGAGUCAUGGAACUUUCCACCUAUUGUGCUAACACUAAACUCUUUGUGUACUUUUGCACUCAACUUAUCAGUUUUCCUUGUUAUUACACAUACAAGUGCUUUGACCAUUCGUGUCGCUGGAGUUGUCAAGGAUUGGGUUGUUGUGUUAUUGUCCGCCCUUUUGUUUGCUGAUACAAAGCUGACACUGAUAAAUCUGUGCGGCUAUGCCAUUGCCAUAGCAGGUGUAGCAGCAUAUAACAAUCACAAGCUAAAAAAGGAAGCUUCUCGAGGCAGCUCGAAUGAUGCUGAAAGUUCAGCAUCUGUACCAAUAGCCACAUCCUCAGUUUCUAACAAGUAGAUAUAUUUACAAUAAGAGCAUUCUGCCAAGUUACUUUGGACUUUGGGAGCUGCUUCUGUGAUGUAGUACUACUGCGACAGCAUGUUUCAGAAACCAAUCAAAUUGUAAAGAGAUGAAAUUCCUAAAUUGUAUCAUUUGCGGAAAACAAAAGGCAUUAACCGAAGGUGUUUUCAAAAUUUGAGGCACUUCUAGUUAUUAAUGAUUUGUUUGUAGAUGGAAGUUUUUGAAUCAAAGUGAGUGGUGAUGUACUAUUUGUCAAUAGAAUUUUGAAAAUUGUUGAAUACUAAUCUCAUACAUAUUUGAUGCUGACUGUGGGAACCCAUAUAGUUUGAACCUGGACCUGCUAAGAGCUAAUCCUUCAUUUUACUUAAUGAAUUAUAUUGUUCCAGUGGAUA